GAGAAGAAGAAAACACUCGGCUGACGACUGGCGAGCAGGUGCCGCCUUAAGUUUCAAGAGACUCAUCACUGGUGAUCCAGGAGCCGCCAUGUGUCCGGUGCUGCUCUUGUUCCUGCUGCUGGGAGCGCUGAAGUCAGAAUCCACCACCAUGUCACCAGAAAACAACGCUGGUCAGAAUUUCAUUGUUGCUUUUCCGGAGAACAUCGCCUAUUAUCAUCCUGAUGAGCCCCAAAAUAAGGUCAAAGUCACUGCCUUGUAUGAUGACACUGAGGUCAAAAUAGGCACAGAUCAAAGAACACUGAGCAGAGGACAGACUCAUGAAAUUGUAAUUAAUAAAGAUCUGGAGCUCCGGAGGGAAAACAUCUCCAACAAAAUUCUCCAAAUUACCAGCAACAAUAAAAUCACUGUCCAUGCCAUCAACCGCAAAAACAACAGUGUGCAGACAACUCUGGUUAUACCCAUUGACAAUCUGGGCAAAAAGUACCUCAUCCCGCCGGUACCCGAGAUCACAGGAACCACUCACCCCGAAGACGGAGUCACAACUGCUGUAGCUGAAAGAGGCCCAUUCAAACUCGUCAUCAUCAAUGGGGACGAAAACAACGUGGUAACUGUUACAGGUCAAGAGUUCAAGGAUAUUCAGUCCCACCAGGUCGCUCAGAUUUGGCUAAAAAAGGAGGAGGCAUUGACAACCGUGGUAGCAAACCAUCCGGUGGCGGUCCUCUUUGGUCACACUUGCGCCAUCCGGUACAACUGCACCUGUGGGCAGCUGUACACCAUGCUGCUGCCAGACAAAGAGGAAGAGCAGGAGUUCUACGUUCCUCCUGCUCUUGUCAGUGGUGCUGAAAGUGAAACAGUUAUUCUUCUUUCAAAGAAAGGCGAGGUAAAACCCUUCCAAUCAGACAAGCCUCUGGUAAAGACAACUGGCACAGCCAUCCUCUACCGGCCCGGCUUGCUCCUCAAUCUGAUCCCAAAGACGGACUUUGCCGCCUGUUUGGUAGUCAACAUAAUCCCUGAUGCGCAGAACUCUGCCGUGAUUGUGGUCCACAAGGAUCAAACUGACGGGGUUCAUGUUGGAAGUCUUCCUUUGGUGAGUCCAGAGUGGCAGCAGCUGAAAGGGACAGAUUAUGUCUCAACAUCUGUUAAUGUGAUGACAAAGAAGACUGUCAUCUGGCACUCUUCCUCCCAAAUGGCUGUUUACUUAAUGGGAAAUAAGGAAGGUGCUCUGUUUGGGAACCCAGCAGCCAUCAUCAGUAAAACCCCAGAUUUCCGAGGUUGCACUUUGUCUCCAGAAGUCGUAAAAAUCGGGGAAGUGGCAGACGGCUGGCGAGAAUCCCUGAAGUACUGCAGAGACAACGGCAUGGACUUGGGCAGCUUCCCCGAGGCCCAACUCCAGACACAGAUCUACAGUAAAAUUAUGCAGGCCAAUAAUGACGGAGUGCAGAAUGUGUGGAUCGGCAUGCGUCGGAGCUCCCUGACUGGGGAGUGGUACUGGCUCAGUGGGAAGCCUGUCAAUGACACCAACUGGGCGGAGGGCGAGCCCGGCACAGUGCAAGAUGGCCAAUGUGCUAUCAUGAGUCUGGAACACAAAAAGGACUUUGGCUGGAGUGACGAGGACUGCUGUAAGGACGCCUAUCCCGUCUGCUACAGCAGUCCUGUCUUCUUUCCAGCAGAGUGACGGGAUGAAAACAUGGACAAAGCUCAUUGAAAGACAGGCUGAAGUUCCCAAUGUCCUCAUGCUAAUAUUUCUUUCUCUAAGGAGUUUUAUUUCUCAAAUCUUAUUCAUAGGUAGUUGCCCUAGUAUAUUAACAUUAUAAAAAUAAAAUUGUAAAAGUUAUUUUACAAGUAACUGAAUAUACUGAGUUAACUGAGAGUUAUAUCUGAAGAAAUGUUUUCAAACAUUGUAAUACAUUGUAACGAUGUAAUAUUCGGAAACUCACAACUCGCCUUCAGGAAGUUUAGUUAGCCAUGUGGUUUAAUGACUUUUAUCUGCUUAAAAUUAGAUUGCUUGAAUGCUCUGAAGCAUGCUAGCUAACUUUCCCACUAAAAACUAAACAGAAUUAUUGAAUUUAGUACAAGUUGCUCUACUAAAACCUUUACCUGCUGAUUUCCCUGAAAAAUGUCCCCCAAUCUGGCAGUACAGUCAAAACAAAAAUCAAUGUAUUUAUGUUUGAACAAUGAUUUGAGACCGACGUGCAUCAAUUAAUCAGCGGAAAUUUUGAAUUUAAUCACCUGGCAACAGGUAAACAAUAUAUUUAAUGGUUUGUUUUCUGAGCUGUUUCCUGUCGCUGCAAGUUGAAAUCUUUUUCCUGCUUUAAGUUAAAUAGAUUUUAUGAGCUUUUAGAUUCACUAUUUAUCUAAGAAUCAAUCAAACUAAUCAAUCUAAACUGCUGUUGUAAGAUCUUUAUAAAAGUCUGCCUUUUCUACAAAGACAGAGAGCAGAGAGAAAGUUGGGAAACACCUUCAAACCUUGAGGAGUUCAGCAUCUGAUUGAUUAUUGAUCUUUGGUUACAGCCACUCAGCUAAAGCUAGGCAGCUUCAAUAGCUUCAGACCCUUCAAUUGUCACUACAAGUUGGCAGAUGACGCCAUACACACAUCUUUUGUAGCGAGGGAGAGAGAAAAGCCGACAGAUACAUCUUUAGCCAACUAAUUCAUAGUCAUUACAGGGAUUUUAAGUAAAAAAAAUAU